AUGCUGAUCAGAGCCGGAUCAAUCAACCACGACAGAGGAGGAAUGCUUCUUUCGGUGGCCGAACUGGUCAAACAUCCACGGUUUGACUAUUCCACCAAGGAUUACGAUUGUGGAUUAGUUCGUCUUGUUGAGCCCUAUCCGGAAGCCAUAACGGUGACGUUGAAAUCCGGCUCGAAACGAUUUCCGCCAGGCGAAAUGUGUACCGUCACCGGGUGGGGCAAAACGUCCUACGGGAGUGACAGCAAGCGAUUGUUGAAGCUGGAUGUUCCCUUAGUUAAGCAAAGUACCUGCCGGGAGGCUUAUAUUAUCGACGAUUUGACCAAACGGAUGUUGUGUGCCGGAUAUGCAGAAGGAGGACGUGAUGCUUGUCAGGGCGAUUCUGGGGGACCUCUUCUGUGUCGCUCAGUUCAGGUUGGAAUCAUCUCUUGGGCCAGUGGAUGUGCCGAACGAAACAAGUACGGUGUAUAUACUGACAUAUCGGUCGUGAGAAAGUGGAUUCGUAAUAUAACGAACGUAUAA